AAUCGCAACACCGUUUAACACUUUUUACAGGUUUUUGUGAUUUUUUAGGUUAUGUAGGUUAUUUAUUUAUAAAUAUUGUAUAAAUACACAUAUAAGAUUUUUUUAAUACACAAUUUGUGUGGAAGGCAGUUGUCGAAGAUUCCUUUUUUUAAAAAAGUGUUGCAAUGCCUCCUCAGUUCUAUUUAAUUCUGUUGUCAACAGCCGUUGCCUCUGCGAAAGUGUCUCUAUUCAAGCUGGAAGGCGAAGUGAGUGGACAAGAGUUUGUCUACUACAAAAUAAUGCACCCAGGGAACUUGCUGCUAGUUCUAGAGAGCGCUGAAGGUGAUGCCGACAUGUAUAUUUCUGAGAAGACACCUUCUCCGACAUACCACCCAGAUACCUAUGAUUUGCAUUCGGCAACCUGUGGGACAGACUCAGUGACCAUUCCCAAAAACCUGAAGAGACCCAUGGCAGUUGGUAUAUAUGGGUAUUCCGCUUAUAAUAAGUUCACUCUGGAGGUCUAUCAGAUGCCAGAUGCUGAUAGUGCUUAUUUAUAUGACGAGGAGGAGCUUAAUAGAGAUUCUGCAGAUAAUGGUGACACUAUGGUCAGCGAAAAGAAAGAUACCAGGAAGGUGGGUUCCAAGGUGAAGAAGAAGUUGAAGAAUAUACCAAACGGCUUGUGGCCGUUUUUGGAGCUGUUUGAGAUGCUGUUUUUAUGAUUGUUUGAUCUAGGCGUAAUUUUCUUAGUGACCUGUUGACCUUUUUCCAUAUGCAAGUACCUUUUUUUAAAAAAAAAACCUCUAUUCUUACUUUAACGUGGGCUGUGUUAUCUAUUUUAAAUGAUAUUUAUAUAUGAAGUUGUGCCAUUUUUGCCUUUAUUAAAUUGGAGUGAUUGAAAGAA